AUGUUAUCCAAUAUAUCACUAAACCCUUCUCAACUGUCCAAUUCGAAUGAUGCGUCAUUUUGGAGUCAACCAACACCGGUCAAUUGUGAUAUCAUUCGAAUAUUUGGAAUUUAUUUAUGCAUAUCAUCGUUUCUCGGCGUUAUGAUCAAUGGUUUAUUGCUUCUAAGUUUUAUUCGACAUCGACAACUUCGUUCACCACCAAAUGUCUUCGUCAUGUUCAUCACCGGAAUGGGCCUACUUGCUUCGUGUACACUACUACCAUUAACAGGAACAUCAUCGGUUUAUUGUCAAUGGUUGUAUAGCCGUGCCGGUUGUUAUCUUGACGGAAUCAUUGGAUUUCUAUAUGGAUGCGCAAGUGCUUACUUACUAUGCGCAGUUAGUAUCAGUCGAUGUUACAUUAUUGUGCGACCAUUGAAUGCAAAGAAAGUGACUGUUGGAAAAUCAAUUAUUGCUUCUUGUUUUCUUGUUUUCAUCAGUUUUCUAUGGACAAUGAUGCCGCUGCUUGGAUGGAAUGAAUACACGAUGGAAGUUGGACGAACUUCAUGUUGUAUAAGUUGUGCAAAUACGAUGGCAAUGAUUGGCCUUCGACGUAUGAGGGAAAAACUCGAACGAGGAAUUCAACAAAACUUCAGUCGAAAGCGAAUUGAAAUGGAACGACGGCUUAUUAAAAGCAUCACAAUAACAACAUGUGGCUUCUUCGUCACAUGGACGCCGUACUCAGUAGCUGUGUUAACAUCAAUCUUUCUAGGCGAAGAUUAUGGUACACCACCUAUCAUAACAUCAAUUUCAUCCAUAUUCGCUAAAUCAUCCGUCAUCUGGAUUCCAUUACUUUAUAUUAAAACGUCCACACAUUUUAAAUUUGGUUUCGUCAAUCAAAAUGCAUUAGAAGCACAGGCAGCAACCAACCGAGUCGGAACCAAUGAGGGAACAAGAGGUCGAGCUAACAUCAACGACUCGUUGCAUAUGGAAGCAGUGCAAUAA